AGUUAUGAUUUUAUUGCAGAAGUAAUCUAUUACUGAAUCAAAAUGAAAAGCAGUACCUGUAUUUUUCUUCUGGUCAUUAUGCUGAAUUGCAAGAACCUUGUUAAUGCUGCGUGCACCAACAACGCGCCUCCAAUGAAGAUAUUCCGUAGCCGAAGAGUUCUUCUCGGUGAUGGUACUGAAAGAGAUGCUGGCAUUGUAGUUGAUUCCUCCGGAAGAAUAAAAAGUAUAAUUUCAGGAGAAGAAGUGGAAAGGAUAGCUAACGAAACUAAAGUUGAGGUGUUGGACUACGGUCAAUUUUCAAUAUGGCCAGGUGUGAUAGACUCUCAUGUGCACGUCAACGAACCAGGAAGAGAAUCCUGGGAAGGAUACACCACAGCUACUAAAGCAGCAGCUUGGGGCGGGAUUACCACAAUAGUAGACAUGCCUUUGAAUUCCAUCCCACCUACAACUACUGUAGAGAAUUUGAGAACAAAAGUGAAUUCAGCCUGUGGUAAAACGCAUGUUGAUGUCGCUUUCUGGGGAGGCGUGAUUCCUGGCAAUGCGCACGAAUUGUUGCCACUUAUCAACGCCGGAGUAAGAGGAUUCAAAUGUUUUACAAGUGAAAGUGGUGUCGAUGAGUUUCCACAGGUUACUAAAAAUGAUCUGGAAAUGGCUCUAAAAGAGCUCCAAAAAGCAAAUUCCGUACUUCUGUACCAUGCCGAAUUACCCGCUCCUCAAGGAAAUGAUACAAGCAAUGAAACUGAGAAGUACAUGACUUAUCUAAAAACACGCCCUCCUAGUAUGGAAGUAAAUGCUAUUGAUAUGAUUAUAGACCUCACAAAAAAUAUAAAGUUGUCUCACAUAGUGCAUCUAUCAGCAGCAGGUGCUUUACCGCAAUUGAAAACGCGCUCAGAGAACGUUCCACUUUCGAUUGAAACUUGUCAUCAUUACUUAACCUUUGCUGCUGAAGAUGUUCCAGAUGGACAUACUGAAUACAAAUGCGCUCCACCAAUUAGAGAAGAAAGUAAUCAAGAAAAAUUAUGGCAAGCUUUGGAAAACAGAGAUAUUGAUAUGGUAGUCAGUGAUCAUUCUCCAUCACCUGCUGCACUGAAAGGCCUGUGCAAUGGUUGUCAUCCUGAUUUCCUAAAAGCUUGGGGUGGAAUUGCUGGUAUGCAGUUUGGAUUAUCUUUAUUAUGGACCGGUGCUUCUAAAAGAGGCUUUAAAGCUCAUGAUGUAUCUCGUUUAUUAUCUGCGGGACCUGCGAAAUUAACUGGACUGGAUGGCAUAAAAGGACAAAUCAAAGAAGGCUUGGAUGCUGAUUUAGUAAUUUGGGAUCCUGAGGAAGAAUUUAAGGUCACUAAAGACAUAAUCCAACACAAGAAUAAAGAAACACCAUACUUAGGAAUGACGUUGAAGGGCAAAGUUCAUGCAACUGUUGUACGAGGAGACUUUGUUUACCGUAAUGGACAACCAUUCGAAAUUCCAAAAGGAAAUUUACUAUUGAAUGAUUAAAUGUAAUAGAUUAAUCAAAUUUUAGAUGAUUAAAAUUGUUCUAUUACUACAAUAGCAACCUCUGCCUGAAAAUUAACCGAACAAACUUCUAACAUCCUUAUUAAUGUAUAGAUUUUGAAUAAUAACAUAGAAAUUAUACUAUUUUUUUGAUGACUCUAAUAAAAAAAAUGUAUAAAUGGCCAUGCCUGAUAUAUUUUUGAUAACCUUAAUGAAAAAAUGUUUAAAUGGCCAUGUCUGAAAAGAUUUCUAUGUGUAUUUUUUUGUUAACAUUUUAUUGUUGAAUGGAUAAAAGAUAAAUACAAUUUUAUAAGCUGUUUGGAUAAAUUAAUUUUGAAUAAAUCUAUAAUCAUAGAAUAUGUUAAGUAGCAAAUUAAAAUAUGGACCACAAACCACAAAAUGUAUACGAAAUAUAACUUAUAUGAUAUAUGAAAAUA